GAGGCGGCCCGAUUCAGGAUUUCUGAGGGCCUGUAUGACAUCGGCAUUGUGCCUAUUUUCCUCGCGAGAAAUCUCGAUGUUCACCUCAGUACUGAUGAGUGGAACGACGUGCUAGCACAUGCCCGGAUAGCUGUUCGAAGCCGUACGGAGUUGUUUCCAUCGGCGAAUUCGGCUGAAUCUGCGGAGUAUGUUGUGGACGUUGAGGGUGCGGCCCAGCGACAUAGGAUAUCUCAGCUGGAGUCGCAACUGGCAGCACUACGAAAGGUCCAUCGGCAGACUUUGAAGACUUCUCGGCAAAAGGACGUCCGGAUAACCCGCCUCAAAGCAACGUCUGCACAUCAUCUCAAGGAGAAGAAGUUGCACGCCAAGAGACUCAGUCGAAUUGCGGAGAAAGUUCAACAAAUGCAGUCCCAUCGGAGUAAACGACGGGUAGACGAUGGCGACGAUUUUCUUCGGCUGGAGCGAAGCAAAAAAGGCAAACAGCUGUCUCUCAGAGGCAAGCUGUCCCUAGCAAUUCGGAGGAACUUUUCCAAUUGCGCAACGGCAGACAUAGGAGCCAUCCUGCUGGAAGACAUCUCAAGAUACUCUGUCAGUCGUUAUGAAUCCCGUGCCGGCACGGCGCUAGUUGCCAGCAGCCGCCUGUUUUACUCGUCUUUGUACGACGACCUAACAUCACCAUCAGACGCCAUGCAGCACUUCCAGCUAGUCUUCCAUUCCUAUCGACAGGAUGCCACAAACUCAGGCAUCUUACGCGGCAGCAAGCUCGCGGCACUGAUCCUGCACAGCGCCACCUUGAAGAAGGCGGUAACCCACGACGCCAAGUGGGGUGACACAUCCUUUGCUUUCGAUGAUUGGUACGAGCCAAUGAUCCGUGUGGCGGACGUCCUUCCGGUAGAGAGGAGCACCUCGAGCGACACAGUUGCGCAAACUUUGAAGCAGCUGGAUGGCCUGGGUUGCAUCACAUGGAAGACAGUGGAACAGGACGACAAGUUACAGAGGUUUCACGGCUGUUAA